AAGCAUUCAAUCUUCCCAUCCAAAAAUCAAGCCAUCCCAUUGACUUACAUACACUCUAAUGGAAAGUUGAUGUCCCCUAGACAUGACUUGAAGGCAUUAAUUACACUAUAGAGCCAACAAUUCUCUACCUGUUUUCUUAUGUACUGGUUGUGUUAGGAAUUCCAUCUCUAUCAGGUGAGGAAAUUUUCCAGUCCUUGGAGGCCAUUAUUAUAUUUGCUUUACAACCACUACUACUUUAACCAAUCCACCUAUAAAGGCUAUAAACACUUCAAUGGCCAAGCAAAUGACAUGAUCAUUAAACAAUUUAUAAUCUUUCAUAAAUUAGGGGGCAAGGAAAACAAUAAAAAUGAAAGAAAAAUAAUCUCUAUCAGAUUGAAAUCAGCAAUUUCAGCCUUUCUCCCGCAAAGAUUGUCUCCCCUCUUGAAGCCAACUUUCCUAAACUAGAAAAACAAGUAAACAACAAUUCUAUUCAAUCCCAACUCAUGCUCCCAAUACACAAACAAGGACCAAAAAUCUCACCUGGAUUCCAGAAAUCCAAAACCCAGGAAACAAGGACCAAAUACUAUAUUUUUACUCAGCCAAAAGAAAACUCAGAACAAACAGAAGAAGGAGAAAAGAAGAACAUGAAAUCACUUACCCCAUACAAUCGAGAAAGUGACGGAUCCAAGAGCAAGCAGAGGCGUUACUAAGUGUCACCAUUUGAUCAAGAAAUCAACAGCACGAGACAACCCAAUCAUCGAAUCGGAACCGGGUACGAAUUCGGGAGAAGGAAAAGCUGCAAAAAAGGAAUCGACUUUAUGCUGAAAUUGGAAAUGGGUAGCGUUGAUUUGUUGUUCUGUUCUCCACCAUGGCAACCUGCUACUACUGGGUUCUUUCUGUCUGCAACUUUUGGGGAAGGCGCUGAGAGGGCGUGUGGGGAAUAGAAUGGUGGUGGUGGCUGCUCUGGCUAGAGAUGAAUGGGGAGUGGGUUUUGGAGCGAGUGAUUAAAGUGAAUCAAAAAUCGCGAGGAAGAAGAAGAGGAAAAAGAGAGAAAUGGGGGAAGUUAAGCAAUUGAUUAGUGAGGUGUCUGUAAUGUGGGGAUGCGCUUCGUGGGAUUGGAUUAUUUGCCCUUUGCCAACCUAUCCUACGCUCUUCACGCGCUUUCUACUCUCGCGUGCACUUUGCUUGCUAAGGUGAGAAAAUGGGUGGGUUGGAUGAGUUUUAGGUAAAAAUUUGCUUAUCUUGAUGGUUCGUAGAGAGCGGAAUGGAUCAUACUCAUCGAUAUGUGAUAUUAUCGAGUAGUUGGUAGCAGAUGAUGGUUUGUUCAACUAGUUGCGAUGGUGUGUGCAUGAACGCCUCGGAGCUAGCUUUCAAUGAUGACAUAGUAUAUAACGUUGUAUUUUAUUUCGAAUCAUGUAUCGAAAAGUGAAUUUGAGACCGUAAGGUUGAUUCUGCACAUCAUAUGGGGUAUAGAGAUGAGUAAUAGACUUGAUGUUUCGUCAUCUGAAAGAAUGAUGGUGGUAGGUAAGAUCAUUGUAUUUGUCGGAUACCAACCUACCCCCAACAUUAUCCAGACGUCAUUUACUCGUUGGUUAGUUGUAACCAAUAACCGGUAUCUAGCACACGUAUAUCCACGAGCACAUGAAUAAUGAGUAUAUAGUGAUAGGUGAUUCGUACGUUAUUUAUAGAGACUUCUUUACCAGUAUCCAACACCUACAAACAGUGGCAAUGCCAUUGCCAACAUUUUUUUUUUGAUAAUGUUAGUAUUGAAAAAAGUAUAUACUAUUUAGCACCCAGAUGUAACAGAGGCUAUCACGUUCCAGGCAGGUCAUGCCAUGGGAUAAUUUGCCAUUGCCAACAUUUGAAACGAGAUAAUAGCCCACCAUCUCGCGCUACUUUGUAUUGCUUAUUGAACACAUGCAUGCACAUUUACAACUUAUAACGAAAUAUUUAAUGAAAAUUGUAAUCUGCUAUUGAGUUACACAUAGCUCCGCCACAACUUGCAAAAGAGCUUACUAACCCAUAGGAGUUGUGACGAAUUGAGUUGUUUAUGAACAAGGGAAGGCCCGUUCUUUAAAGUAUAAUGCAUAGUUUAGCUUUGAUUCUGUCCAAAAGAGAAUAUGCACACUUUCCUUUCUAUCAAGAGAAUCCAACAAAGAAAUAUUGUAUAAACUCAAACCAAAGUGAAAAAGGAAGGGAAAAAAAAGAAGGGAGGCCAUGGCCAUGAAAAUAAGGCAAAAGGAAAUUAAAGCAAAGAGACAUCAAAGGUGGUGUAGUGAUUAAUGAUUAUCAUUAUAUCCUUUGUGAGAGAGACCUUCUUUUUCAUUAUCUCUUAUCAUCUUCUCAUUUUUCUUUCACGAGGAUGAUGAUUUUGACUCUAUAAUGAUAAUUUGAUGCUGAGGAAAAUUUUCUAUUGGCAAUUGGUCAAUAAUGCAUUGGUGGUAAUAAUUUGAGUUGUUGAUG